AUGCCUUCCAUGAUGCACAUGCCUUCCAUGAUGCACAUGCCUUCCAUGAUGCACAUGCCUUCCAUGAUGCACAUGCCUUCCAUGCUUCACAUGCCUUCCAUGCUUCACAUGCCUUCCAUGCUUCACAUGCCUUCCAUGAUGCACAUGCCUUCCAUGCUUCACAUGCCUUCCAUGAUGCACAUGCCUUCCAUGAUGCACAUGCCUUCCAUGAUGCACAUGCCUUCCAUGAUGCACAUGCCUUCCAUGAUGCACAUGCCUUCCAUGAUGCACAUGCCUUCCAUGAUGCACAUGCCCUCCACCUUGCUACUAUGUAAUUUCAACUCGACGUCCCAUAAAUCUGUUGUGCCUCCACCUGGCCUACCCGGCUUUCACCUGGCCUACCCAGCCUCCACCUGGCCUGCCCAGCCUCCACCUGGCCUGCCCAGCCUUCACCUGACCUGCCCAGCCUCCACCUGGCCUGCCCAGCCUUCACCUGACCUGCCCAGCCUCCACCUGGCCUGCCCAGUCUCCACUUGGGCUGCCCAGCCUCCACCUGGCCUGGCCUGCCUCCACCUGACCUACCCAGCCUCCACCUGGCCUGCCCAGCCUUCACCUGACCUGCCCAGCCUCCACCUGGCCUGCCCAGCCUCCACCUGGCCUGCCCAGCCUCCACCUGGCCUGCCCAGCCUCCACCUGGCCUGCCCAGCCUCCACCUGGCCUGCCCAGCCUUCACCUGACCUGCCCAGCCUCCACCUGGCCUGCCCAGCCUCCACCUGGCCUUCCCAGCCUCCACCUGACCUACCCAGCCUCCACCUGGCCUGCCCAGCCUCCACCUGGCCUGCCCAGCGUCCACUUGGCAUGCCCAACCUCCACCUGGUCUACCCAGCCUCCACCUGGUCUACCCAGCCUCCACCUGGCCUGCCCAGCCUCCACCUGGUCUACCCAGCCUCCUCCUGA